UAGCCUCGUUUGUUGGUUGCCUAGGAACACGAACUCUUAUGGAAAGAUGGCCCUAAAACUUGUGACUGUUUGUACAUUAUGCUACUGUGAUUAUAACAUCAAACACCCCUACAGGGUACCUAAGCACCUAGAAUGUGAACAUACAUUCUGUACAGACUGUAUUAGUAAGUUGAAAGAUCUACAAGGCCAGGCAGUAGAAUGUCCUUUAUGUCAGAAGCCAACACUUAUUCCAUCACAAGGAAUAGAUUUACUCAUAACAAACCUUGAUGCAGUGGGCCUGGGCAAAGUUAUAAAGCAGCCCGAAGUAUGUUGCCACUGUGUGCGCAAAACAUACCCACCAAAACCUGUUACAUUAUUCUGCAAAGAGUGUGACACUUCCUUUUGUGGCAACUGCUCUGAUAUUGUACAUUUGAAACCUGAAAACACAAAUCAUGUCAUUGUACUUGAAAGUGUCAAAAAUAGAAAUAGCAACACUAAAGCUCAGCAAAUAUACGAGAGUUCUGAAAGUAGGCCAAGCAGCCAUUCAUCUGUUGGCAGUAAACCUGGAAUUGUGUCAAGACCAUCUUCAAGUUUCUUGCUGGAUAAAGAUUCUAUUCCUGAGUGUCCAGUUCAUGGCGAAAAGAUGAAAAUUUAUUGUCGAAUGGAUAGAUGCCUUUGCUGUUCAUACUGCGAGACAAUUGGAGAACACAGAGGGCAUGACUGUUUUCAAGUUCAUGAAGCCGAAGAAAAAGAGAGAAUAGAACUCCAAAAACUACAGCAAAAGGUUGAUUUACACUGUGAAAGAUAUAUCAAAGCAAGAGGACAUGUGCAACAGAUGAUUGAAGAGGUUAAGCAGAAUUCGGUAGUAGUUAAAGACGUGGUACGAAGGUAUUUUCGAGAACUGAGAGCGACCAUCGACUUAACCGAGAAAUCAUUGAUAGCACAGCUGAGUAAAAGAAGCGACUCAAGGCUAAAAGCUUUACGCGAGCAACUCAGCAAAAUGAUUGAGAUAUCAAGCUUGGCGAAGACUGCGAGCAGAAACUGUGACAAUGCACUUUCUUACGAUUAUUACGAGAUGCUUCUUCGAACAAAAAGCGUUGAGGAGGAUAUCGAAAAUGUGUUGGAGAUGAUGGUCGCUACAGAACCAGUUGCAUCGGCUAAUUUGCACUGCCAGUUUCCAAGACACGAGUCAAUUUUAAAUUCAAUAAGGACAUGUGCCUAUAUAGUAGAAGCACCACCAGUACCAAGCAAUUUUCUGUGUUCUAUAAACAAGGAACAGCACGUAGAGAUAUCAUGGGAUGAUGCUCCUGACAUGCAGUAUAUCUACCCUGCCCUUUUCUAUGUCCUCCAAGCCAGCACAGGACAAAACAAUUCAUUUGUCGAUGUUUCAAAGGUGAAGACAAAAUACUUUGUUUUGCGGCCUGAGGAUGACUCCUUUUUGCCAGGAGAGUAUGUCCAGUUUCGUGUCUGCACGGAGAACAUCAUUGGCAGAGGGCCAUUUUGCUAUCCCUUUGGAAUAAAGAUUCCGUGUUUCGAAUGAUUGAUCGGCUGUGGCUUCAUUCGCAUGUUAAUCUUCAAGGCGGUGCGAUAAAGCACGGAGAAGGAAGAUUCAAAUCCUUCUACCGCGCCAAUCAAGCUAUCGAAGAGUUUUCAUUGAAUCAAUUUCUGUUACAAAGAGAACAGUACUCUAGUUUUGAAUGCGAAAAUAUCCAUGAUUGCGUGAAUUAAUCAAAAAUCUGAUAUUUGGUUAAUCUAAUUUAUUUUUCCUAUGUAUGGGUUGAUUUUGUAAUCAGUACUAACACAUCAUGCAUAUGCAUAUAUAUCUGUUGUUUAAGUGAUUUGUUAUUCGAUAACCUUAAAGGUUGGUAGAGAAGGCGUCUAAUGGCCGACUGUUUUCGACUUAAUAUAUAACAUUGACUUGAAUCGCUCAAUUUUUGCCACAUUCUUGAGUAUGCAUGGAAGAUCAGGCAAGGUCAUGCUGUUUCAUGGAGCUGCUAAAUCUCCUGAGUUGGAUUUUACCUUUAAAACAUCCUAGUUCAAUCAAUUGGGUUUUUCAUCUGCUUCAAAGAAAGAAAAUAUCUGGCAACUAUAAUCUAUCAACGAAUGUAUUCUUUGUUGCAUUUAUAAUCGUACUGCUGUACAUAAUUGUAUUUGAAUACAAAAGGAUUGCCUUCAACAACAAACGCUCUUUUAUU